UUCGUUCGUUCAUCCAUUCUUAGUUCUGGAAUCGUUAGCCAAAAAUGGAGCUACCCACCGAUACUAUGGAGAUUCCUCUCCUCAAUUCUUCUUCACGAACCACUUCCACUUUUCAAGCUCUUGCAAACAUCAUCGUCUCCGUCGUCGGCACCGGCGUCUUAGGCUUGCCUUUUGCUUUCAGAAUCGCCGGUUAUGCUGCCGGAUCCUUCGGCGUCCUACUCGUCGCCCUAGCUACCUACUAUUGUAUGCUCCUUCUGGUGAAGUGUAGGGAGAAAUUGACGUUACAAGGACGAUCCAACGAAUCAAAAACAUAUGGCGAUUUGGGAUACAUAUGCAUGGGUAACAAAGGUCGAUACCUUACGGAGUUUCUCAUUUUCUUUGCUCAAUGCGGAGGCUCGGUGGCAUACCUGGUGUUUAUUGGUCAAAACCUUUCAUCUGUAUUCCAAGGUCAUGGCAUCCCAUUAUCAUCCUAUAUAUUUUUGAUAGCAGCAGUUGAAGUUGUGUUGUCAUGGAUUGGAAGUCUAGCUGCUUUAGCACCCUUCAGUAUCUUUGCCGAUAUUUGUAAUGCAAUAGCAAUGGGAAUAGUGGUGAAGGAAGAUAUACAAAAAGCCAUAGCUGGUGGAAUUUCUUUUAAUGAAAGAACAGCAAUUACAUCGAAUUUGCGAGGUUUGCCAUUUGCCGGAGGGAUGGCAGUGUUCUGUUUUGAAGGAUUUGGCAUGACAUUAGCUUUGCAGUCCUCUAUGAAAGACAAGGCUGCAUUCCCAAAAGUUCUUGGUCAGGCUCUUGUUGGAAUAACCAUUGUGUACAUUUUAUUUGGAUUCUCUGGAUACAUGGCUUAUGGUGAUGAUACCAGAGAUAUUAUCACUUUGAAUCUCCCCAAUACUUGGUCAACAAAAGCAGUUCAGGUUGGAUUGUGUGUGGGUCUAAUUUUCACAUUCCCCAUAAUGUUGCAUCCAAUUAACGAGAUUGUGGAGGGUAAGUUGGCACAAAGCAACUGGUUCGAGAAGAUUGAAGACAACGAUGUUAUAUUUUUAGGAAAACGAGCGCAGGCAGCAACAUACAUGAGUCGGGCGGUCAUCGUGCUUGUAUUGGCAAUCUUGGCUUCGUUUGUUCCAGGUUUUGGUGUUUUUGCAUCCCUUGUGGGUAGUACAAUAUGUGCUUUAAUCUCAUUUGUUUUACCUGCCAUUUUCCAUCUUAUGUUAAUGGGUUCUUCUCUAUGCUUAAGCCAAAAAGUUUUGGAUUCUUCCAUUUUGAUAUGUGGAUUGAUUUUUGCAGUUUAUGGUACUUAUAAUUCUCUUUUUGGUAUUUGAGUUGUCAUUUUUGUAAACUUAAAUUACACAUUUUACUAAAAAUGGUUCGUAUACUUUCCAUUUAUGUGUA